AUGAGGGGUUUUGUACAGUAACUGAAGCUGCUGAGAGUUCAACUAGAAGUUUCGAAGAUGCCACCCAAAGGAAAGAGCGGUACUGGAAAAGGGGGAAAAGGGGGAGCAGCCUCUGGGAAUGACAAUGCUGAGAAGACGACACAGGGUCCCAAAGGUGGUGGCAAUGCAGUAAAGGGUGACUUGGGUUGGAUGACCAGGGGGUCCAUGGUAGGACCAUUUCAAGAAGCAGCGUUUGCCCUGCCUGUAAGUGGACUGGAUAAGCCUGUGUUUACAGACCCUCCAGUUAAGACGAAAUUUGGAUAUCAUAUUAUUAUGGUUGAAGGAAGAAAAUAA